AUGGAGCAAGCGUAUGGGGAAGUGAACCAACUGGGAGGCGUUUUUGUGAAUGGAAGACCCCUUCCCAAUGCAAUCAGACUGAGAAUUGUGGAACUGGCCCAGCUAGGAAUCAGACCUUGUGAUAUAAGUAGACAGCUACGAGUCUCUCAUGGAUGUGUGAGCAAAAUCCUAGCAAGGUACAAUGAAACUGGUUCCAUACUACCAGGGGCAAUUGGAGGUAGCAAACCAAGAGUCACAACUCCCAAUGUGGUGAAGCAUAUAAGGGAAUACAAACAAGGAGAUCCUGGCAUCUUUGCUUGGGAGAUUAGGGACAGACUGUUGGCUGACAAUGUAUGUGACAAGUACAAUGUGCCAUCUGUAAGCUCAAUUAGUAGGAUUUUAAGGAAUAAAAUUGGCAACCUUUCUCAGCCUAGUCAAUAUGAAAAUACCAAGCAGUCUGCAUCCCCUUCAUUAUCGUACAACCAUAUUUAUCAGUAUCCUUACCCAAACCCAAUAUCCCCUGGGUCAACCAAGGUGGGCACUCAUCACCCAGGAGUGCAUAUGCCUACUGGACAUGUCAGCAUUGCCAGGGCCUGGCCAUCAGCUCAUUCUGUCAACAACAUUCUGGGCAUCCGCACAUUUAUGGAACAAACAGGCACUAUUUCAGGAGCUGAUGGCUCUGUAUAUUCACCAAAAAUGGAAGAGUGGACUAGCGUCAAUAGAACAGGUUUUCCAGCCAGCCAGAACAUAAAUGGUAUUGAUAAAGCUGCACUGGAUUCUGACAUUAAGUACCCACAGCACGCCUCAGGCCUUUCCACUGUAAGCAGUUUUGUCCCAGCUUGUGCUUACUCUGCAAGCAACCAAUAUGGAGUUUAUGGUGGUCCAGGAGCUGGUUACGUCACCCCUGGGCAUCACUGGCAAGCACAGAGCAGCCCCCUUUCGCAUCAUGGACCAAGCAUGACAGUACACGGAGGAGAUAUAUCUACCCCUAUGACAUUCAAGCACUCAGUCAGAGAAGCGGUGAACAGAAAGCAAAACAGCCAAGUAAUCAAACCUCAAGACACCUUGAGUACUGUACACGGACUUACUAUUUCAGCUUCAUCACCUUAAUAUUUUGACUUUUUUUAAAAGCACUGACAAUAAUCUUUGGCUCUUAGUGGGUCACUAACUGCUCUCUAAAGCACUACCAAGUGGAUUAUGGCUUCCCCAAUGAUGGACAAACUAAUAUAGCCUCAGACUACAUCUUUCAUUACAGACUUAACAAGGAGAAGAAAUGAAGACAGGAUUUUAAAGUUAGUUUACUAAUCCACUCUGGAAAAUGCAGCUAAUGUUGAAAUUUUCCAUUUCUAUUAAUUCUUUCCAACUUUUUUUUUUUUCUGUCAACUUUCCUGAUUUUUUUCCAAUUUCAGUGUAUUACUUUUUGCUCUUCAGCACAAUACAAGAUAUCUUUUAUAUCUUGGUUUAUUUAAAUACACUGAUAUUUAUUUUUUUAUUAGGGGUUACUUUCCAAAUAAUUUCAUGUCUGUAAUAAAUGACUCUUUGGGAGUGUACUGUAUGUCAUAGAUUGUAAAUGUACAAAUUAAAAUAAAAAAAAAACGUCUUUUUAUUUUAUAUUUUUAUAAACAUGAAUAUCAAAUAAAUGAAAAAUAUAUAUAUAUUUUUUUAUUUUAUUUUUUUUUUGUAUUGGAUUCUUUUUUUUUGU